GUCGCUGAUCUCUAUUAGUAACGGUUGCGGUGGUGACCGAUGGCCUGGUAUAAUUAUGGAACCUAUUGAAGAUGUAGUAGAAGAACUAAUACCAAAGUUUUAUAGACAAGUUUCAAUAUUUCAACAGUUAGGUAAUGCCACUGUUUCGUGUAUGGAAAGUGUCAAAGUCAUGCAAAAAGCUUUAAAAGGAUUUAACGGUACAGUAUUGGAACUAUGUGGAACAGACUGGUCAAAAUAUGGUCAUUUUAAAAACGUCCUAAAGGACAGCGUAGAUUUAUAUUCAUUACUAGAGGAAGAUAUUGCCAAACUUGGCAACGGGUUCCAAAAGUUUGGUGAACAUUUUCAUUUAGUGUUGGAAGCAAGGGAAGCAAGAAAAGAACUUAAAAAAGAAUUAAGAAAUGUCAGAGAACAUGUCGAACAGGUUUACGAAAGCGAUAGAGCCCCUAUUUGGGAAAAAGAACAAGCCUAUCAAAUGUUAAAACAAAAAGAGAAAGAAAGCGUCGAACUAGAUAACGUCGUUGUACAAAGAAUUGAAAGCCUACAGAUGAACCAGAAGUUGUUCCUAUACAACCACUAUAGAAAGUUCCUGUCAGCUCAUAGGAUAUUUUAUCAAGAAUGUUUAAUAGUGCAAGAUAUAAUUGAUGACUGCCUUGAAGAUUUUCUACCAAAGAAGAAAAAAGACACUGCAGAAUUGUCAACCCUUCGAUAUAAAGAAGUCUGGAAAUAAAGUCGACUGAAAAAAGGUAUAAUUGCAAAGCAAAAAUACAAAAGACACGUUGUGUAUCUGAAGAAAAAAAUUCUUUGAAAAUAUAAAAAAUAAUUCAUUUGUGCAACAGUAUCAACUUUGUUGACACAUUGAUAUUUUCGUGUUUAGCAUUAUCAGAAUUUGACACGUAUUCGAUGUAUAUAUAAUAAAUAACUGUUUCUUUAUCUCAUAUGACUUUUCUAUUGUGUCAAUUUUUUUUUUAAUUUAAACAUUGUGAUAAUGUACCAUAUUAACUAGUUUUUAUAAAAAAAAAAAAAUUAUGAAAUGUUUAGUAUAUUAUAUGGCAUAUCAGUAUUACUGAAAGUUAAUAGAUGUAAUCAUAGUUGUUGGAGAUACAUGUACACUGUAUGUAUUAGUUUGUAAACAAGUAAAUACAAUAAAUAUUCUUGAGUAUAA